AGUUUGUUUCAAGGAAAAAACAAUAGGGGAGUAAGAAAAAACAAAAGGUAGAAGAAUACGAAGGAAAAGCUCCGAAACGAGUCUUUUAACAAUGUCUGUCUGUCUCCUGUGAGCUCACUCUCGCACUGCACACAUUGUUUUACAUUUUCUGCUGCAAAAAUCCUCUGUUUCUUAGGAUACUUUAAACAUCCAUAAAAUUAAUAAUACGCAAUAGUAUUACCCAGCGUUAAAUCAAGCAGCUGCACAUAAUUCCGAUUCAAUUCCUGACAUUUUAGGUGUAAUUCACGGCCGGUGAAGGAGGGCGCUUCUGGGAUUCACGUGGUGGAAGAUCGGGGAGAAAGAUGACAGAUCUUAGUCCUGCAUUGAGCUAGGAGGUUGGAAUUUGGGCCUUUUUAUUAAGAGUUGAUGCAGACAAGAAGGCGUUAAAUCAGUUUUUCAAACAUGACUUUCGCUAAGCUCGAUGAUUCUCCUAUGUUCCGUAAACAGCUGCAAAGCAUGGAGGAAAGUGCUGAAUCUUUGAGAGAUAGAAGUUUGAAGUUUUAUAAAGGAUGCCGAAAAUAUACGGAAGGGCUUGGAGAGGGAUAUGAUGGCGAUAUUGCUUUUGCAAGUGCUCUGGAAACUUUUGGUGGGGGGCACAAUGACCCUAUCAGUGUUGCUUUUGGAGGUCCUGUUAUGACUAAAUUCACUAUUGCGCUCAGGGAAAUUGGAACAUACAAAGAAGUUCUUAGGUCUCAGGUUGAGCACUUGUUGAAUGAUCGAUUGUUGCAAUUUGUUAACAUAGAUUUGCAUGAUGUCAAGGAAGCUCGAAAGCGCUUUGACAAGGCUAGCAUUCUAUAUGAUCAAGCUCGUGAUAAGUUUUUGUCACUAAGGAAAGGCACAAAAAGUGAUAUAGCAAGCAUGUUAGAGGAGGAACUUCAUAAUGCAAGGUCAUCCUUUGAGCAAGCACGGUUCAACUUGGUGACUGCACUUUCAAAUGUUGAAGCAAAGAAAAGGUUUGAAUUCUUAGAAGCAGUUAGUGGCACAAUGGAUGCCCACCUCCGUUACUUCAAACAGGGGUAUGAGCUUUUGCAUCAAAUGGAGCCCUACAUCAAUCAGGUAUUGACAUAUGCACGACAAUCUAGAGAACGAUCUAACUAUGAACAAGCAGCUCUUAAUGAAAAAAUGCAAGAAUACAAGAGACAAAUCGACCGAGAGAGCAGGUGGUCUUCAGGUGGUUCUAAUGGAUCCCCAUCGCCUAAUGGAGAUGGUAUACAAGCCAUUGGUAGAAGUUCACAUAAGGAGAUAGAAGCAGUUAUGCAAUCUGCAACAAGGGGGAAGGUUGAGACCAUUAGACAAGGUUAUCUUUCAAAACGUUCUUCAAACUUGAGAGGUGACUGGAAAAGGCGCUUUUUUGUUCUUGAUAGUCGAGGAAUGUUGUAUUACUAUCGAAAACAAAAUACCAAACCAUCUGGGUCUGGGAGUCAAAUAUCCACCCAGAGGAAUAGUUCUGAGCUUGGUUCUGGACUGUUGAGUCGCUGGCUUUCUUCCCAUCAUCAUGGUGGGGUGCAUGAUGAGAAGUCUGUUGCUCAUCACACUGUAAAUCUCUUAACAUCAACAAUAAAGGUUGAUGCUGACCAGUCGGAUCUGCGGUUUUGCUUCAGAAUUAUCUCGCCAACAAAAAGCUACACGUUGCAGGCUGAGAGUGCCCUAGAUCAAAUGGAUUGGAUUGAGAAGAUUACUGGUGUUAUUGCUUCUUUGCUGAGUUCUCAGGCUCCUGAUAGGCGUUUUCCUGCUAGUCCAAUGGGUGGUGGCACUCAUCAUAGAUCUGCAAGUGACAGCAGCUCAUUUGAUAGCUAUGAUGUUGAUCCUACAACCGUUGAUGAACAUGCAUCCGAUAGACUUGCAUCUUCCCAUGAGCGCCCCUUGAGAAACUCACAACAGCUACAGAUUGCUUUGAGAGCUGAACAGCCAAUAGAGACGUUACGGAAAGUAUGCGGGAAUGACAAAUGUGCUGAUUGUGGUACCACUGAACCUGAUUGGGCAUCCUUGAAUCUUGGUGUUCUUGUCUGUAUUGAAUGCUCAGGCGUUCAUCGCAACCUUGGUGUUCAUAUAUCCAAGGUAAGAUCACUGACUCUUGAUGUUAGAGUAUGGGAACCUUCUGUAUUGUCUUUGUUUGAGUCUCUGGGAAAUGCAUUUGUGAACUCAGUCUGGGAAGAGUCACUUCAAUCAAGAGGUGCCUUUCAGGUUAACCUUGGUCCUUCAAGCUUGUACAAGUCUGAUAAACAGCAGCAACUUUACAUAAGCAAGCCAAGUAAGGGUGAUCCAAUAUCAACCAAGGAGAAAUUUAUUCAUGCAAAGUAUGCAGAGAAAAUGUUUGUCCGGAAAAAUAAAGACCAUCGGCUCAUAGCACAACAGAUGUGGGAGGCUGUCCGUUCUAAUGAUAAGAAAGGCGUGUAUCGGCUCAUCGUCAACUCUGAUGCAGACGUUAAUGCUAUUUGCAAGCAGUUAUUGAACUCCUCCUCACUUACUCUUGCCAAAGUAAUGUUGUUGCAAGAACAGUCUUGUGUCAAUGAUGAUGAGAAACCUUUAAAAGUGGGUGCAACUCAGAGUGAAGAAUGCCUCGACCAAUCAACAGAUCUUGGUGGGUGUUCCCUGCUACACCUGGCUUGUGAAACAGGAGACAUAGGAAUGCUGGAACUGUUGCUUCAGUAUGGUGCAAAUGUAAAUGCUACUGAUUUGAGAGGCUGGACACCAUUGCAUCAGUGUAUUUUAAGGCACAAAGCCACAUUCGCUAAGCUGCUGCUUACAAGGGGAGCUGACCCACAUGCUGUAAAUGGGGACGGUAAAACCCCCAUUGAUCUUGCCAUGGAAUCAAAUUUCAAUGAUCAUGAUGUCCUUUCUCUACUAUCAAAUGCACAUAGAUAAAAUGGAGUGAUAACCUAUAGGGGAUACCGUGAGGACUGAAAACGAAUUAUUAAUGCUGGUUUGAGAAGAAAUUCUGGUUGUUUGUAUUUUGUAAUUAUGUUUGUAGAUGUAGGGCCCAAUGAAUCCUCACCCAUAGAUGCUGCUUCAUACAAAGCUUAGAGCGGUGUGGGUAGUUGAGGUUUUCUUUGUAUUCUAUAGGCGUGUCCGUUUGUUCAUUCACCAUUGUGUUCAAUAUGAGUGGGUCGAUGCGAGGUUUGUGUACAUUUACAUAGCAACAGUCUCUUUGAAUGAGAAGUCUCCUCUUGCUUAUGUUAUGCAUAUUGUAUAUUCACCAUUCUGUUUUUGAUGUUAUUUUCAACACGAUCCAACAUAUCUCAUGCUUUUGUUACGUCUACCUCAAUUCCAAUGGGUGGAAUAAUAAUCAUAUUGAUCGAG